UCAACAACAGGAUCAGUCUGAAAGAGGGGCAAGCUGUGAAGGCUACCGAGGUCAAAAAGGAGAGGAAGGUGGUGAAGAAGUUGUACCCCAACUCAGCUCUGUUUACAACCUGGGUUGAUGAGCUCUCAGAGGAGGAGCAGAAAGAGGCAGAGGGGCUGUUUCAGAUGUAUGGAUACAACGCCUUCCUGAGUGACAGACUACCCCUGAACAGGGAAAUCCCUGAUACUCGCGAUCCUAAUACCCCCAUGACCUGCCCACCAUCAGCGUGGUGUUGAUCUACUUGGACGAGGCCCUGUCAAUCAUCAAGAGAGCUGUCCGCAGCAUCAUAGACAAGACCCCCCCAACGCCUGCUUAAAGACAUCAUACUGGUGGGUGACCACAGCUCCAAUGGAUCGCCUAAUUUGUCUAUGCUCUCUGCUCUUUGUCUAUGCUCUCUAGAAACAUUUGAAAGUAUAUUUGAACUCAAGUGUGGCUUUCAACUUUUGUUGUGUACCAAUGAUUUGCAAGUGUCUGCUUUCGCAGAGGACCUAAAGGAGAAGUUGGAUGCCUACAUCAGCUUCAUCGAUGAAGAGCGUCCGGGCCUGUUGAAGAGAGUGAGACACCUGGAGCAGCUCGGUCUCACACAGGCCCGCCUCUCAGGGUGGAGGGAAGCUGAAGGAGAUGUGGUGGCCAUCUUGGAUGCCCACAUUGAAGUACACGUGGAAUGGGCGGAGCCUCUGUUAGCGCGGAUAAAGGAGGACCGCACGUUGGUGUUGACACCGGUGUUUGACAAAGUCCAUUUCGAUGACUUGACAGUCACACGUUAUUGGCCGAAUGCAAACGCCUUUGACUGGGCCCUGUGGUGUAUGUACGAGUCCUUCAGACCUGAGUGGUAUGCCUUAAAAGACGAGACACAGCCAGGAAAGAGCCCCUCCAUUAUGGGCAUUCUAGUGGUUGAUCGCCUGUUCUUUGGGGAAAUUGGUGCUCUGGAUGGUGGUAUGAAGAUCUAUGGAGGUGAAAAUGUUGAGCUGGGCAUCCGGGUUUGGCUGUGCGGUGGAAGUGUCGAGGUCAUACCUUGUUCUAAAAUAGCCCACAUCGAGAGGGCCCAUAAACCCUAUCUCCCAGACCUGAGCAUUACAAUGAAGAGGAAUGCUCUGAGAGUGGCUGAGGCCUGGAUGGAUGAAUACAAACAUAAUGUCAACAUCGCCUGGAACCUCCCACUGAAUGUACUGUACACAACAAACCAUUCAAAAAGUAGGGUUUGUCAGCUGCUCCUAUGGAAUAACAAUCAUCGCUGUUAUGCAUGCUUUGUGUUUGAAAAUAAGUAGACUAGACAGUCAUUAUUAUAAAAAAUAUUCUAUUUACUCAAUGCCAUAAUAAAGAUCAUAGGAUCUAUGUAAAAUGAUGGUGGUAAGCCAUCAUCAAGGAUUGCUCACACAGCCUGUGAUUCUGAAUUAGGAAUCUUCCUCUUUCUCACCACAUGAUCAUGGCAUAGACAUUGGGGAUGUUUCAGAGAGGAAGAAGUUGAGAAAGAGUCUGAACUGCAAACCCUUCCAGUGGUAUCUGGACAAUGUGUAUCCAAUGUUAGACCCCCUGGGUGACUUGCUUGGUUAUGGAGCUCUGGUCAAUGACCUGAAGAUGGAUCUCUGUAUAGAUCAAGGCCCAGUUCCGGGGAACACACCUAUUUUAUAUGGAUGCCAUUAUUUUGGUCCACAGAACUGUUAUUAUCGAGCCAGCGGGGAGAUCUACAUUGGAGGCAUCUAGUCUCACAAGUACAACAGUAAUCGCUGUCUGAUGGACAUUGGCACUCAAACCCCAGGACUGUAUGAUUGCAAGGAGGCCAAGCAGAAGGGAAUCCACAUGCUCUGGGAAUUUCAACAGGGAAAAGCCACCCAGAACAGACAGACAAAGAGAUGUCUGGAGAUUGCCCCAGGGGAGGACACUGACUACCAGCUCAUCAUUCAGGAGUGCAGUGGGCAGCAUUGGAAAAUACGGAAUGUGAUAAAAGACUUCUGAUACACUGAGAUGUCUAGGCCUACUGUACCAGAGACAAUACAGCAGGACUAUAGGAGUUGUGCCGCGAUCAUAAACAAGUGGGAAAGUGGGACUUACCACAUACGAUUCAUAAAAUCCACUUGUACACCCCUCCAACUGGUAAUUACCUUUGGGAAACUCGUCUAUCAUCCCUGAGAUUCAACAUCUCCCAGAUGCUGACCUCUGACGUCACCUACUAAGGAAAUUACCUUUUUAUCAGCAUUAUCAGCAGUUAAAUGCAACAACAAAACAUUAUUUACACUAAGUUUUUGAACACUAUCAUUUUUGUACAAACAUGAUAUCUGUACUUACAGUUUAUGGUUGACGCAGCCUGUUGGCCAUUUGCCAAUCUGAGUUUCUCAACGAGUUGAAAGCACGUGAAUGCAUUGAACUGAUAUUUACGACUUCACAACUGGUAAUUACCACCUUCCCACUUUUUUAUGAACAUAGCAUUAUCAUGACGCUUUGAAAAGCCAAUCAGUGGUCAGCAGUGAGAUGACUGUGUGAUCUUAGUGAGGUGUUGUUUGGACAUAGCUUCAUGGGGACAGAUUUACAGUUUUUUCACAGAAUGUGGAAUUCUGUUGAGCUGUGUUGUCCUUGGUCCUGAAUGUAAUUGCAAAGAAAUAAUAAAUAUGAUUCCUGUA